AGAAAACUGAGACUCCAGAGGUUAAGUCACUUGCCCAUCCAGCUGAUGUCAUGGCACCCCCAGUACCGGAGCUCCAAGUUCCGCCACGUCUUUGGCAAACCAGCCAGCAAGGAGAACUGCUACGACUCGGUGCCCAUCACCCACAGCGUUCACGACAAUCACUUCUGUGCCGUGAACCCCCACUUCAUUGCAGUUGUGACUGAGUGUGCUGGUGGAGGGGCCUUCCUCGUCAUCCCCCUGCACCAGACAGGAAAGUUGGACCCCCACUACCCAAAGGUCUGCGGGCACAAAGGGAACGUCUUAGAUGUCAAGUGGAACCCUUUCGAUGACUUUGAGAUUGCUUCCUGUUCUGAAGAUGCCACAAUUAAGAUCUGGAGCAUCCCCAAGCAGCUGCUGGCGAAGAACCUCACAGCCUGCAGGAAGGAGCUGCUGGGCCAUGCACGCAGAGUGGGCCUGGUGGAGUGGCACCCCACGGCUGCCAACAUCCUCUUCAGCGCCGGCUACGACUACAAGGUGAUGGUCUGGAAUCUGGAUACAAAGGAGCCUGUAAUCAUAAGCCCUGUGAGGAUAAUUAACUGUCACCAAGAUGUGAUCCUUUCGAUGUCCUUCAACACCAACGGCAGCCUGCUGGCCACCUCCUGUAAAGACCGCAAGAUUCGGAUUCUUGACCCCCGAGCAGGGACCGUCCUCCAGGAAGCCAACUACAAGGGGCACCGAGCCAACAAAGUGCUGUUUCUGGGGAAUCUGAAGAAGCUGCUGUCCACGGGCACAUCCCGAUGGAACAACCGGCAGAUGGCCCUGUGGGACCAGGACGACCUCUCUGUACCUGUCACAGAGGAGGACCUCGAUGGCUCCUCAGGCGUGUUGUUUCCCUUCUACGAUGCAGACACCUACAUGCUCUACGUGGUGGGGAAGGGAGAUGGGAACAUCCGCUACUACGAGGUGAGCGCCGACAAGCCUUACUUGAGCUACCUGACUGAAUACCGCUCCUAUAACCCGCAGAAGGGGAUUGGUGUCAUGCCAAAGAGAGGUCUUGAUGUGUCCUCCUGCGAGAUCUUCCGCUUCUACAAGCUGAUCACAACCAAAAGCCUCAUCGAGCCCAUAUCUAUGAUUGUGCCCCGGCGGUCAGAAUCCUACCAAGAGGACAUCUACCCCCCAACGGCAGGGGCCCAGCCUUCCAUGAUGGCCCAGGAGUGGCUCAGCGGAAUGAAUAGAGGGCCAGUCCUGGUGUCCCUUAGACCUGGCUCCGAGCUGCUGAGCCCCCUGCCACUGCCUUCAGAGAGACCCAUCUCCAACUCUGUGGCCCUGGCCUCGCCCCAGCUGCUGGACCAGACAGAGAAGCUGACUGCAGAGGAUGGCCAGAGGACCUUCUCCCGGCUGGAGAAGGCGCCGAGGUGGGCAGCAGAACACAAGCUGGAGGAGAAGAAAUCCUGGCUCACAAACGGCUUUGACAUAUUUGAAUGCCCUCCACCAAAGACAGAGAACGAGCUGCUGCAGAUGUUCUAUCGGCAACAGGAAGAGAUCCGAAGGCUUCGGGAGCUGCUGACCCAGCGAGAGGUCCAGGCCAAACAGUUGGAACUGGAGAUCAAAAACUUGCGGAUGGGCUCAGAGCAGUUCUAA